GUACGCAGCUGCCGGCUGUUGCUUCCCUCCUCCCUUUUUACGAAAUCCAGCAGGCAAGGGGCGGAGUCGAGACCUCACCACCAUCACGCACACACACUGACAUCUUGCAUCCCGCACUCGCCGCACGCUCACCGUCAAGCAUCUCGCCCGAGCGUCCGCAGCAGGAAAGCUCAGCCGUGUCGUCCCGCCUCAGGAUGGAUGCACUCAUGAAGGGCUUCUCCAUGGCCAAGGAGGGGGUGGUGGCUGCCGCUGAGAAGACCAAAGCCGGCAUGGAGGAGGCUGCGGCCAAGACCAAGGAAGGGGUGAUGUAUGUCGGUAACAAGACAAAGGAAGGCGUUGUGUCGUCAGUAAACACCGUGGCCAACAGGACCGUGGACCAGGCCAACAUCGUGGCGGACACGGCCGUCAGCGGCGCCAACGAGGUGUCGCAGGCGGCCACGGAGGGCGUGGAGAACAUCGCCGCGUCCACCGGCGUUUUGAAUCAGGGAGAAUAUGGAGGGAUGGAACAAGGCGGCGAAGGCGGAGAGGGUUAUUAGUUCCUGUCAGGGCCCACUCUCCAGCGGCCCCUCGCUCCCUCCCUCCCCUUCUUCGCCCUCGGCCUCGCUCGGCGGGAGUCAAGGUGGUUUUUUUUUUUUUUCUUUCAUUUUAUUUAUGCAUUUUUUUGAGACUUUCACCGGAACCAAACCCGUGCGGGUGGAACUCUUCCGGAAGCAGCAUCCCCCUCGCCUCCCAUGUCGUCCCCAUUACGCGCCCUGAUCCUGGAAACAAAACGAGACACACAUGCAUGAGACACACACACACACACACACACACAUACACACCUUAAUUGGCAAUAAAAAAUACGAGAAGAAAAGGCUUUUAAAUGAGCAAUAAAGAAUACGUCACCAUAAGACUUAUUUUUUUUUGUGCACUUACCUCUUUGCAUGGCACCAUCACGGAGGAAGCUUUAAUGAUGAAGUUGUUUGGCAGCAUUUUCACACCAAGUGGGUGUCAGCGGUAACAAGUGUGUGUUCUUCCAAGGCCAGACAUGAGACGACUGCAUGAUGCCUUAUUAAGCAAACUGUCACACACGCAUACAAAUAAACACAGUUUAAGUUGGCAUCAUUGCUGAUUUUAUAAAGUGUAAAAGUGAAAUAAAUUUUUGUCGUUGAUGUUGGAAACCA